AUGCUAACAACAAAGCGGCCGACGCCGACGACUGUCCUUUACACCGUGUCGACGCGCUCGCCUGCGAAGACGAUAGCGGCACGGCUAUCCCACUAUGCCUUCAUCCUCCUACGCGUUGUUGUAGGGAUUUGCGUGGCUACGGUGCUGCUACACGAGUUCAGCAACCCAUCUCCAUACAUCAAUGGCCUUUCCGCUCUAGCAUGGCUCGAGAACGCCAUUCUGACAUCACCAACUGUCCAGCUGGCCUCCCUGCUGGUAUCGAACUUGACGUUCCUCUGGCGGAUGCUCAUCUGUGCCGCGAUCACAUGGCUCAUCUUCCGCAAAGGCUACACCGAGGAAUCUUUGCUGGUGAUCCGCGGAUUGGGAGUGCAAACGAGCACAAGUAGCCCGAGCUAUCUCUGGACGAGUUCGACGAGGUUCAUUCCGACGAGUUCGAUUCAGGACAUCUUCAUUCAUGAGGCUUUCAAGGGCUUUGAAGUGAGGUUCUACUUGGCUAUUGUGGUGGAGGGUGAGGAAGACGUCGUGGUCGUGUUUCCGGGCAUACUGCCACGACGAGAGACUCUGGAACAAGUUUGGAGAGGCGCCAGGGCUUGUCUAUACGAACCCAAGUCUUGA